ACUACAAGAAUAUAUUAAUAUUAUUAAACUGUUUUAGCCAUAAAGUUAAACGGUUGUCACAUAAUCAGCUUUCGUGUGAUUGUACAAUACUCUCGAUCAUGGCGAGAGUAUUAAAAAAGACAACAGGAUUAGCAGGUCUUGCUGUAUCGGAAUAUCCUCAUCGCGAACUUGCUAAGGCGUACAAAAAAAUUUUGGCUGUUUUGGCAACCAUUCCAGCACAAUCUGCUUACAGGAAACACACUGAAAAACUUGUCAAAGAGCGAAGUGCUAUCGUAAAAGAGAAUCCAGAUGUAGCUACCAUAGAACAAAAGAUAGGUUGCGGCCAAGUGGAAGAGCUUAUACAACAAGCAAAGAAUGAAUUAACUCUAGCGGAGAAGAUGGUAAAUUGGAAACCAUGGGAAAGUUUGAUAGAAGAACCUCCAAAGCACCAAUGGACCUGGCCUCCUUACAAAUAGUUUGGAACUCGACACUCAUCACUGUAACUUGUACAUAGCACUAAACAAACAAAUUGCCAUUUGUUUAGAGAAUAUACUGUAGAUUAAAAUAUACAUUGUAAUCAUUACGUCUAUUUAUUUAUAAUAGGCGUAAUAAGUCAAAUAGGAAAUAAAUAUAGAACUUUU